AUGGCGCGUCCGCUGCGGGCUGCGGCCAACGCUGGCAAGCCUUCUUCGACCUCGAGCUGGCGCUUCCUAGUGCUCGGAGUCUUUCUCGUGGUAGCGGCUAUUGGGGGAAACCGGUGGCUGACACUUCCUGCAUUCGAGCCCGUUCGAGUGCUUGAAGAAUCCACGGACAAGUCCAAGACUGUAAUCGUGUACGACAAUGGUCAAUCUUCAGGUGGCGUGAAUGUCAGCCUGUUUCCAUCGCACGUGGCGUCUGGAUCCGCCUUGGCUGCUUAUCUGUCAGACUUCAUUGAUGUUGAUGGAAUCCACCUGGCAAAUUUGCCAUCAACGAAAGUCGUAGCAGAUCGCGUGUACACAGGGAGCGGGUUGGUCGUGAGGACGUUCCAUGACUUUGCUCAUGGCGACCGGCUGUAUCUGGUCGCGCCUGGCCUCUUGUUCGUGUGGCCAUUCGUCCAGCUGGGCCAUCGCGUCCUCGUGACUGCAAAACUAAGCCCGACCGAGAAACCCAUCGUGCUCGAGUCAUUCAGCGAGAGUCCACGCGUGUUCCAUGUGCACAACUUCUUCACGAACGACGAAGCGGAUGCGCUCAUCCAUCGCAUCCAAACCAUCGACAACGACUCGAGCAAACUGCAGCAGUCGCACGUCGGACACAUCAGCGGCGCCAAGAAAGUAUCGCCACACCGCACGAGCGAGAACGCGUUCGACCAAGUGAGCGACACUGCCGUGUCCAUUCGAAAGCGGUCCUUCGAUCUUCUUCGCAUCGACCCGUACCAGGACGACAUGGCGGACGGCCUGCAACUCCUCCGGUAUGCACAGAAGCAGGCAUACAUUGCGCACACCGACUACUUCAACGCCCGCACGAGCUCCGACUGGAACUGGAACCCCAAAGCGGGAGGGUCGAAUCGGUUCGCCACCGUUUUUUUAUACCUGUCCAACGUCACAGCGGGUGGCCAAACUGUGUUUCCCUUGAGCGAGAUGCCUCCGGGCCACGAACACCCACCCAUGUCGGACGCGGUCACGAGCCUUACUGCGUCCUUGUUUGACGACAACAGUUGGGAAAAGGACAUGGUGACCAAGUGCUCCACCAAGCUGGCGUCGUACCCCCAAAAGACCCACGCUGUGCUGUUUUACAGUCAAAAACCGAAUGGCGAGCUCGACCCCAUGUCCCUGCACGGUGGGUGUCCCGUCCUUGAAGGCACCAAGUGGGCGGCCAACUUGUGGGUGUGGAACAAGAGGCGGUACGGGCUCGAUCAAACGCGCAAAGACAAACUGAACGUGCGUUUUACUAACCCCACGGACGUCGACGUCGACCUCUUCUGGAAAGACACUAAAAUGGCGACGCUCCCUGCGGGCCAUAGCGUUCCAUACAGCUCUUACCACGGUCAUGUUUGGACUUUUCGUGAAGCGGGCGCCGACCACGUUUUGCUCACGCACACGUUGUCCGCCGACGAUGGCCUCGACCAAACUGUGAGUUUGAAGGCACGGGUAGCUCCCCACGUUGAUGACCCGCCCGUGUCAUCGACAUUAUCUGCACCGUCUCUUCCACAGCCCGAUGAAUUGUAAACGAGACGAAUCGGAUGCAUCAACCCAUGCCUAGUAAAUUGAAUGGUUAAGAGUCUUGGACCUUUCGCUUCUUGAACACUUUGCCAAGCAUGGACGCCGCGGCCGAGUCGUCGAGCGACCCGUGGGCAGUUUUGUCGACGGCUUCAUUCUGUCGGAACGUGCGUCGAAUGUUUUCUGGAACGUCCGCCGUCUCUGGAUGCAGGGCGUGCUUGCGCUCGACCAUCUUUUCAAGCUUCUUCGCUUGGUCCACCCGCUCCAAGAACGCGGCAUUCUCCUUGGCGGCUUGCGCCACUUCCAACCGCAGCUUCUGGUCGCGGACUCGGUUUUCGUACGCCACUUUUUCCGUCAAGUGGGUCCACUGAAACCCUUUGAGGUACUUGAGGUUCCAAAUGUCAUCGUGGUAUUUGCUGCGCUUCUUCCCGCCAAUGAGGGUCGUGUUGAGCGCCUUGGCCACGCUCUUGGCGUCCUUCUUCCGCUUGAAUUCAAUCCAACCUUCGGUAAAGUUGACCUGUCGAUUCCCACCGUUCUUCAGGCGUCGUUUUCUCGCUGUUUUGUCUUCUUCCACCAAGUAGAUGCGUCCGAUUGGGCCGUACUCGCUAAGGAGGCGGCGGACAUGGUCUGGUUUCAUGAAUGGCGGGACGCGGCUCAUGUACACCACACCUUUCUUUUCACUUUCGUCCUUCUUUUUGCGUUUCUUGGGCACAAGGAGGUCGGGAAGUUCAUCGUUGCCGUUGCCCUCCCUGUCGUCGGUCUUUCCGUCAUCGCCUCCUUGAUCGUCGUUCUCUGCUUCAUCGACCCCACCUCCAUUGUCUGCAACGCCUUCCUCAGCACUUUCUUCUUGAUCUUCAUGGUCCUGUUCAACCACAUUCUCUGCUACCUCUUCCACGGGAGUCUUGGCUUUGUCGUCCACCUUGCGCGCCAUGUUCGUCUCCGCUCCAACUAACUGCAAGC